AUGGAAGAUGUGUCUGCAGUGCUGGAGCAAAAUUUGGAGGGAAUUAUGGAUAGAGCGGAAAGCAUAGAAAUUGAACUUCUUGACAAUCUAAUAGAAGAAGAUAAUACUCAAGAACCUCGCUCAAUUCAAAAUAUGUGUAUCGAAGAAAUUGAUUCGAAGGAAGAGUACACCUUGGAAAUUCACGAAGUAAUGAAACCAGUGGACUAUUUCUCACAAUUUUUUGAUGAUCGAUAUAUCGAUUUGAUAACUCAGCAAACUGACUUAUAUGGACUUCAGAAGCUGGGAAUUGAACUUAAAAGCACCAAAGUAGAAAUACAACGAUAUAUAGGCACUCUGCUAUACUUGGGUGUUAUUAAACUGCCCCAAUUUAAAAUGGCGUGGUCUCAAAAUUUGAAGCUAACGGCUAUAACGGACUCAUUAUCUCGCAAUAGCAAACAACCAAAAAAAGAAGAUUCAUACUAUGACAAAUUGUACAAGAUACGUCCUCUACUAGACAUCGUUAGAGAAAACUUUAAUAAUCUCCCUCAGGAAGAACAUCAAAGUGUUGAUGAGCAAAUAAUUGCGUUCAGAGGUUUCCUGAAUUUUUUGGUUAAAGGUCGAUCAAGGUACAAACAAUACAAUCCAGCUAAGCCCAAUAAAUGGGGCUUGAAAAUGUUUGCACGUACUGGAACAUCUGGACUGGUUUACGAUUUCACGCUAUAUGUUGGUGAAGGUACCUGCCCAUUAUAUGGACUGGGGAUCUCUUCGGAUAUAGUUCUUUACUUGGCGAAAAAUUUACCCAAACAGAAGAUCUUCAAACUCUAUUUUGAUAAUUGGUUUACAUCGGUAAGCCUUCUGAUAGCAUUGAAGGAAAUGGGCAUAUUCGCAACAGGAACUAUUCGCAAAAACCGUAUAAACAACUGCCAGUUACUUUCAGAGACUGAGCUCAAAAAACGGGGAAGAGGAUCUUUCGACACUAAUUGUGAAAUCAAUUAUAAUAUUGUGUGUCUAAGAUGGUUCGACAGUAAACCGGUCCAACUUAUAUCUUCGUAUAUUUAUCAUCAACCAGUUGGGGUUUGCAAACGUUGGAGCCCGAAAGAAAAAACCUACGUCGAUAUUCAAAGGCCUGCAAUAGUAGCUUGUUACAAUAAAGGCAUGGGUGGUGUAGAUUUGGCAGAUUUGUGA